AUGCCUUGCUCAAUCUCUGUCAAAUUGGUCGCUGCAGAGUCCCUGUACAAGAGAGAUGUGUUCAGAUCUCCAGAUCCUUUCGCUGUUCUGACUAUAGAUGGUUAUCAAACUAAAUCGACAACUGCUGCUAAGAAGACUUUGAAUCCCUAUUGGAAUGAGACUUUCAAAUUCAAGGAUGUCAAUGAAAACUCCAUUUUGACGGUUCAAGUCUUUGAUCAGAAAAAAUUCAAAAAGAAAGACCAAGGUUUUCUGGGUGUCAUCAAUAUUAAAAUCACAGAUGUUUUGAAUUUAGAUUCUAACGACACUUACAACAGUAACGAAGAAACGAUCACCAGAGAUUUGAAAAAAUCGAAUGACAACAUGGCUGUGAGUGGCAGGUUGAUCGUCGUCCUGUCGAAAGUUCCAAAUUCAACCUCUUCUGCCACCACCAGUAACACAAGAACAACUAGUCGAUCGAGUAGAGCAAGAAGUUCUGCUUCCAAUGCAACUGUCGGCGCCACAGCCAACAGAACUGGUUCAUCUGCAGGAGGAUCUGCUGCAACUGCUGCAACUAAUAAUAGUACAACGGCAGCUAAUGGCAAUAACAACAUCACUACAAGUACGUCAAGGAAUACCACAACGCCAGCAUCCGCAUCGAAUGAAGCUUCCAACACAGAAAGUAACUCAGCAAACAACAAUACCACACACCAAUUAUCUUCUUUUGAAGACCAAUACGGCAGAUUACCUCCAGGAUGGGAAAGAAGAACUGAUAAUUUCGGUAGAACAUAUUAUGUUGAUCAUAAUACAAGAACCACUACAUGGAAAAGACCGACCUUCGAUCAAACUGAAAACACUGCUAACAGUUUACAAAACACAGAAUUAGAAAGAAUACAGCAUAGAGGAAGAACUUUACCAGAAAGUUCCUCAGCGUCAGCUUCGAAUUCUAAUCAAGAUAUUACUGUCAAUACAAAUAACAAUUCGCAAACUCCAGCAAUCAACGGUUCUGCUGCUGCUGCAUUGGCCGCUACAGGUGCUACCACUUCGGGUUUAGGGGAAUUACCUUCAGGCUGGGAGCAAAGGUUCACUCCAGAAGGUAGAGCUUAUUUUGUCGAUCACAACACGAGAACUACUACCUGGGUCGAUCCUAGAAGACAACAAUACAUCAGAACCUACGGUCCGACAAAUACAACUAUUCAACAACAACCAGUGUCGCAAUUGGGUCCAUUACCUUCUGGUUGGGAAAUGCGUUUAACAAAUACAGCAAGAGUUUACUUCGUUGACCAUAAUACUAAGACUACCACGUGGGAUGAUCCAAGAUUACCAUCCUCCCUAGACCAAAACGUUCCACAAUAUAAGCGUGAUUUCAGACGUAAGGUAAUAUACUUUAGAUCUCAACCAGCUCUAAGAAUUUUACCAGGUCAAUGUCAUAUUAAAGUGAGAAGAAAGAACAUCUUCGAAGAUGCUUAUCAAGAAAUUAUGAGACAAACUCCAGAAGAUUUGAAGAAGAGAUUGAUGAUUAAAUUUGAUGGUGAAGAAGGUUUGGAUUACGGUGGUGUUUCAAGAGAAUUCUUUUUCUUAUUAUCCCAUGAAAUGUUUAACCCAUUUUACUGUCUAUUCGAAUACUCUGCUCAUGAUAAUUACACAAUUCAAAUCAAUCCAAAUUCGGCCAUUAACCCAGAACAUCUAAACUAUUUCAAGUUUAUUGGUAGAGUUGUUGGUUUAGGUGUAUUCCACAGAAGAUUCCUUGAUGCUUUCUUUGUCGGUGCUCUAUACAAAAUGAUCUUACGUAAAAAAGUUAUUUUACAAGAUAUGGAAGGCGUUGACGCUGAAGUACAUAACUCAUUGAAAUGGAUGCUCGAGAAUGAUAUUGAGGGUAUCUUAGAUCUUACAUUUAGUGCUGAUGAUGAAAGAUUUGGUGAACUAGUAACAAUAGAUCUAAAACCAGACGGAAGAAAUAUCGAAGUUACUAAUGAAAACAAAAAAGAAUAUAUUGAGCUAUAUACGCAAUGGAAGAUAUAUGAUAGAGUUCAGGAGCAAUUUAAAGCAUUCAUGGAUGGUUUCAACGAAUUGAUACCAGAAGAUUUGGUCACUGUGUUCGAUGAACGUGAACUAGAAUUAUUAAUCGGUGGUAUUGCUGAAAUAGAUGUUGAAGAUUGGAAGAAACACACCGAUUAUCGUGGGUACCAAGAGUCCGAUGAAGUUAUUCAAUGGUUUUGGAAAUGUAUCACUGAAUGGGAUAAUGAACAAAGAGCUCGUCUAUUGCAAUUCACAACUGGUACCUCUCGUAUUCCUGUUAAUGGUUUCAAAGAUUUACAAGGUUCCGAUGGUCCAAGAAGAUUUACAAUUGAAAAAGCUGGUGAAUCAAACCAAUUACCAAAGUCACAUACAUGUUUCAACAGAGUUGAUUUACCACCAUAUGAUGUAUAUGAUAGUCUAAAACAAAAAUUAACUCUGGCAGUAGAAGAAACUAUUGGUUUCGGUCAAGAAUAG